AUGCCCAUGCUUUCUUCUUCACGACACUUCAUUCCCACUACUACGCUAACGUCGUCGUUUCACUCUCCUCUUUCCCUAAAACGCUGUUUUCUCCUCCGUUUCUCUUCCAAUAAGAUUUCACUACCCAUGGCUGAAUCAAAUAACAACAGUACAAACUCAUCAUCACUACCACGAGGUGGAGAUAUUAAUGCAAAUGAUAAAAAGAAACCGGAGAGUUCACUCCUUAACUUUAUAUCUAGAAUUGAUUAUCAACAAAGUAAAUUCAAGAGAAGAAUUCGUGUCGACUUAGAAAUGGGACAGCACAAUUGGAAUAACUCUAGUGAAUCUAGUUUUUGUUCCAGUUUUGAUGAUAAUAAUAGUAGUAACAUAUCACCAACAAAGACAUUUUCGGUGACAAAAAUGUUCACAAGCCACCAUAAUGAAUCACCUCGUCGAAGUCAUUUAUUGAAGGAUGAUACUGCAUCAGCAGAUAGACGAAAUAAUAAAAGGCAAAGAAAAUUUAACUAUGACAUCUGCAGUCGUGGUAACAGAAAUUCUACUUCGACGGGAGCUGCACAGCUAGAUAAGAACAAGGAAAACUGCAUUGAAUUUGAGAUGCAGGAGGAAGGAACUAAUGAAGGGAUACUGAGGCCAGGGAUGGUUCUCCUCAAACAUCACUUAACACAUCAUGAACAGGUAGAAAUAGUGAAAAAUUGUCGAGAUCUCGGUCUCGGUCCUGGAGGAUUCUAUCAACCAGGCUAUGCAGAUGGAGCCAAACUUAGAUUGAUGAUGAUGUGUCUUGGUAUGGACUGGGAUCCUCAAACAAGAAAAUAUGGAUUUGAAAGGGUAAGUGAUGGUAGCACGCCACCAAGUAUUCCUCCUUACUUUAGUAAGUUGGUUUCAAGAGCUAUACUAGAAGCACACCAGCUAUAUAAUAGGGAACGUGGAAUAAGCGAUAUAGAGGAUAUACUACUACCUUCAAUGACUCCUGAUAUAUGCAUUGUCAAUUUUUAUUCAACUAGUGGAAGGCUUGGUCUUCAUCAGGAUCGUGAUGAAAGCAAAGAAAGUCUUCAAAAAGGGUUGCCCGUUGUAUCUUUCUCUAUUGGCGAUUCAGCAGAAUUUCUUUAUGGAGAUCAAAGGGAUGUUGUGAAGGCAGAGAGUGUACUUCUAGAAUCAGGAGAUGUUCUUAUAUUUGGCGGUGACUCUCGACAUGUCUACCAUGGUGUCUCAUCUAUCAUACCAAAUUCAGCCCCAGAGGAAUUGGUUCAAGAUACCGGCCUUUGUCCAGGUCGCCUCAAUCUUACAUUUAGACAGUUUUGA